UUUGGAAUGAAACUGGAUGCUGGGCAGAGCAGAGAUCCUUUGGGCAGGCUGACUUGAGUGUGACUGAACAUUUGCGUGAAGAUGAUAGUUCCUGAGGAUGACAUGGUCAGAGAACCUGAUCCCCAGAUCAGUGGAGAGAGUUCUACAGAAAAUCUUGUAAUGGAUAUAGACAUAGACCCAGCAGCUGACCAAGCUGAUUGUGAGGUGGAUGAGGUGCAGAAUCUACAAGAAUUAGCGAGAAAACUUGAAAUCCAAAAUCAGCAAUUAAGACCUGGGAACCAGGCAAAUGUCCCUCAUGAAGAGAGACAAAUCUACUUGGACACAGACAAUCAGUAUAUCGGGCCAGAUAGAGGCUUCAGUAGUGAGAUAGAAAAACAGAGUCAGCUUUAUGAGAUAAACCCUGAGAUGAAAGAGAGCAAAGAUUUGAAAGGAGAUGGAGAUAUGCAAGUUGAGGUUAGCAGAAGCACUGACCUACCAAAGUAUCAUGCCAGGAAGUCCAUUGCACUUGUGGAUAGUGGUAGUAGUACAGUGGGUGUAGAUAUAUCAACUAGGCCCAAACUUACAACCUCUAAAAUGCCUGAACAGAUUUCCACUAUGGAGACAGAGUCAGGCAGCUUCUUCUCUGAUACAUCAUUGUUUGGCCCAAUACUGGAUGAUGUGGAAAUAUUAGAACUUGGUGACUUAUGUGAAGGAGAUGACAGUAAUUGGCUUUAUGCUUUGCCCAGAAGCACACCUCCAGUGAAAGAGAAAACAGAAUCUCUUUUAAAGUGGUGCCGUCAGACGCUGGAUCAUCCCAGUCCUGAGACCAAAGCAGCCUGCUCAGCCUUCCUGGAGAAACUUGAUCAAGCGAGUAGGCAGAAAACUCUCUGUCAAAGCACAUUGGCCCCUUCAAGUGUGCAAAGCUCAUUCAUAGAGCCACCCUUUGCUGGUGAUGCCCCAAAUGUUCCCAUGGCCCUGGAGUCAGCUAGCAAGCCACUGUUCUCCUGGGAUACCUCAGGACUUUCUGGCAUUUCUCCAUCACAGUCAACUUUUAAAGAGACUAUUAUAGAUUGGCCUUCUGAUGAAUCCAUGUCUAAGGACUGUAAAUUACAGUAUUUCACUGAUAUGCAGGUGCCUCAACUACAGAAAGAAAGUCUUCUAGAAGAACAUGCGUAUGCAUCUGUCUCAGCACCUUAUAAGAUGCCCAGUGCUUCUUUCCACUCUCGGAGAGGCAGUGUUUUCAGUGAACAGGAAUUAUAUAAUAUUGGGGAAGAUCAGGAUGAUUCUGACUGUCUCCCGGCAUUUUCAAACAAGCCCAGAUAUGCUUCAUCUUCUCUACCUAGUUUGCCUCCAUACCAGUCCCCAUCCACAAGUGGUGACUAUGUCAAAGUAGUGCCUCCUCCAAUGAUUUCCCCAAAGAGAUCAAAGUCAGGCUCCAGACUAGAAUGCAAGAAAUGGCCAGACAGUGAAGAUGAACUGUACACCAGUAUGCCCAGCAAAAUUAGAUCAAGUCUUCGUUCUUUGAGUUCUGUGAGAAGUAGCCACGGUUUAGACUGGGAUAUUCAAAUACCAAAGGGUCGGUUGUCAAGAAUUCAGGAAUCAGUAGGCUUGGUUCCUAGUAAAAUUCGAUUUUCUUCUAGUAUUGGCAAACCUCUGUUAAAUAUCCGAAAGCCAAUGAAAGCUGAGCCGAGUGUUAUUUUAAAUCCGAGGAAGCCAAUAAAACGUGAAUACUCUAACCCUGCUGUGGAUCAAAAGCCAGAAGCAUCUUUUAGUCCUGGUCCUUUAAGAAGACAUUUGUCUCCUACCAGUAUUGCUUCUGUAGCUACUGUAUCUAAAGGUUCUUCUGUUGAAGAAGAGACACUAGCUGCAGAAGCAUCAUCUCUUGAAAACAAGUAAAUGGAGCCACCCACCAGGUCUCUCCAGCCAGUGAAGCUCAGCCAUUUAUAUGCUGAACCAUAGAAGGACAGAUGCUGCUGCAGAUAUAAGGAAAAAAAAC